CUAUCUUGGAGGCUGGGCUGGGCAGCCAUUGGCUGUUGGCUGAAGGGCUAAUCUAGGCCAGCUGUAGACGUCGCUCAUACAAACGGUGGGCUGGAAACUGUAUAUUCCUACCCCUUAGCUCUCCUUGCGGGCUGACGGCCUUUCCGAGUUGCUUGCCUCUGAGACUUCUGAGUGUGUUGCUUCCACCCACCCCCUUCUGCCAUGGCUUCCUGGAAGGCCCUGACAAUGGGCCUCCUUCUGGUCCUGCUCUGCUCAUUCAGGCUCCCUAGAGCCCUGGGAGAGGAACAGCACCACCACCACCACCACCACGGAAGCCAGCAUGAGGGCGAACACCAUCACCACCAUGGACAGCAUGAUGCUGAUGACGAUGACGACGAUCAGUAUCACCAUGCCAGCCACCUUCAUGAAGCAGGGCAUCACCAAGGAGGCCACCAUCCUCACCAUGAUGAUGAUGGUGAUGACGAUGAUGAGGAACACCAUCAUCACCACACUGGACAUCACCAUGCAGAGCACCAUCAUCACCACAGUUCCCACCACGAUGAUGAUGACGACGACGAUGAUGAUGACCACCACCAUGGCAAGCAUCAUCAGCACCAUGAACAUCAUGGUGACCAUCACCACCAUCAUGACGAUGAUGAUGAUGAUGACGAUGAUGACAACCACCAUGACCACCAUGGCAAGCAUCAUCAUCACCAUGAACACCAUGGUAACCAUCACCAUGACGAUGAUGAUGAUGACGAUGAUGAUGAUGACCACCAUGACCAUCAUGGAAAGCAUCAUCAUCACCAUGAACACCAUGGUAACCAUCACCAUGAUGAUGAUGAUGACGAUGAUGAUGAUGACGACGAUGACCACCAUGGCAAACAUCACCAUGAACACCAUGGUGACCACCAUCACCAUGAUGAUGAUGGUAAUGAUGACGACGAUGACGAUGACCACCAUGGCAAACAUCACCACCAUCACGAACAUCAUGGUGACCAUCACCACCAUCACGAGCAUGAUGAAGAUGAUGACGAUGAUGAUGAUGAACACGACCACCACCAUCAGAAACAUCAUGGUAGCCACCACCACCAUGAUGAUGACGAUGAUGACGAUGAUGACGAUGACGACAGUGAGGAAGAGGAACACCAUCAUCAUGAACAUCAUGCUCACCACCAUCACCAUGAGGAUGAUGACGACGACAGUGAAGAAGAAGAAGAAGAGCAUGCCAGUCAUCACCAUCACCAUCACCAUGAUGACGAUGACCAGGAAGAGGCCCACGGGCACCAUCACCAUAAGGAAGCUGACGAGGGCAAAGAGCACCACCACCAUCACCAUCACCAUGGUGAUGAGGAAGACGAGUCUGAUGAAACAACGUCCAAGGAAGAAGAUGAGGAUGAAGGGCACAAACACAAGCGCCCCAGGCACGAAGGCCAUGACAAGGCCAAGAAGCACCACAAAGAGGGAGAAGGUGAGAGAAGCUUAGUGGGUGGGGUGGGAUGAGGCCAUGUUGGCUUUCUUUAGGGGUAACCGGCCCCUGGCUUUCACCCAAGGGCCCAUAAAUUGUGGCUGCCCUCCCUUUCCCUCGAAGGACCCCGUGCUUUUUGCCAGCUAGGCCGCACAGAGAAGCUCUUGGCUUUCCCCACACACUUGGCGUCCCUCUUUGCUUAGCCCAACUUUCUCCCCUCUAGCACCAACAUGCUGGGCCCCCAGAACCACCUGGGGGCUCCCAGCUGCCCUCUAGAACCUCCUCCCUCCCCCACCGGGAGGGACCCUUCUGGGCAUCUGUAUCUAUGUCUUUCUUUUCCAUUGAAGAAGAGGAAGACGACGAGGACGACGAGGACGAGGAAGAGUACGAGGCAGGCUCUCUGUGCCACUACUGUGCCUUCUGCAAGGUAACGAAGGAGAAGCCUUCGCCCGCAUACCUGCUCAGCUCUCCAGGGUGGGAUUUGACCGCCCAAACCAUCUGUGGUCGAGCCUUAAGGGUCUUCCUGCAUGCCUCACAUCUUUGCCCAUUCCUACUUUAGUCCGGUCGCCUAUUAAUCUGCAACAUGACUGCUUUCCCUGCUACCCCUGAAGCAGGCAUAAUUUUGCUUCUCAUUGCCUUCUGAUGAGACACCCUAUUGGCCAGUGUGUGGAUUUUACAAUAAGUCUUCACACUUUUCCUUUGGAUCCCUGGAGGAGAAGGUGGAAGGAACUCUUGCCUUCAUCUCUCCAUAGAAGCAGCCUGGGCUUAGCUCUGCCAUGGCUUCUCCCUCUUCCUGUCCUUGUUUGCCAUUAUGUCUUUGAUGAGAGUCUGCCUUAUUUUGGCACAACCUAUUACAUGCAUGCUCGUUCUGAAGGUCUGGCUCAGAGAUGGGUUGUUGUUCCUGUGUUCUUCUUUGCUUGGCCCCUGCCUGCAACCCCCUCUUCCUCCCCAGAUUUAUGGAUACGGUGCCAAAACUAUACAUGAGAUAGAGAUCCAUGAUUUGGAGAGGCCCCAUCUUCUACAUUACAGUCUUCUACUUGAAGGUGUCCUCUGUUUGAAGGGCUACGUGGUCCAGGUCCGUUUUAAAGAUACAGAGCUACAGGGCCUUGGAAUUCCCCAUUGGUAGAUACGCGUAUCAGCUAGAUACGCGGGUGGCGCUGUGGGUUAAACCACAGAGCCUAGGACUUGCCGGUCAGAAGGUCGGCGGUUUGAAUCCCUGCGACGGGCUGAGCUCCCGUUGCUUGGUCCCUGCUCCUGCCAACCUAGCAGUUCAAAAGCACAUCAAAGUGCAAGUAAAUAAAUAGGUACCACUCCGGCGGGAAGGUAAACGGCGUUUCUGUGCACUGCUCUGGUUCGCCAGAAGCAGCUUAGUCAUGCUGGCCACAUGACCCAGAAGCUGUUUGCGGACAAACGCCAGCUCCCUCGGCCAAUAAAGCGAGAUGAGAGCCGCAACCCCAGAGUCGGUCAUGACUGGACCUAAAGGUCAGGGGUCCCUUUACCUUUACCUAGUUAGUACAGCUAACCUGGGUCUUCCCCACCAUGUUAAGAUAGAACCAUAGAAUUGUAGAGUGGGAAGGGAAUCAUUCUAGUCCAACCCCCCCUACAAUGCAGGAAUAUUCAGCCGUCCCACAGAGGGAUAGAAAAGAAGUUGGAAAAGAAGUUUACGAGCUACAGUAUGGAAAAUUUAACCAGGAACUAUGAGCCUCCAGAAUAAAGGGCAUGUGCAGAGUGCACCUCCCUUGGACCUCUGUGAACAGUAUUCCUUUGUGUGUGUGGAGGAAACAUUUUAUGAUUCCUGGUAUUGGUGGAUGCAUGAUUAACAAAUGCUGAUUAUAUAUCAAUAUUUCUUGACUCUAUUUGCAUCCCUCCGAGUUUGGCUUCGGGUCGAUGUCAGUUUAUUUGCUCACCAAGGGGUCAAUGAACUCAAAAACCUGCGCAAGCAUGGCUUUUGGGCCAGUGGUCUGACAGUUUCGUAUGUACUGCUGUAAAAUAGUUUCAUAGCCUGUUGACAAGGCGACGGAAAGGAACUUCACCCACGGGAUUUCUGCUUUGUUGCGCCUAUUAAAGACACAGGAGCCUUGGUGGGCGAUGGGGAAGGUGCCAGCUGUAUCUUGAGGACUAGGCAGUUGGGGCACAGGGAAGAACUAGGAAAGGGAGAGUACGUUUUGUGAAUCAUAGCCUGUCUCUUUAAAAAAAUUAGAAUUGCGUGUCACUUUCUCCUGGAACUUCAUGUGACUGCAGGAGUUUUACAUACAGUACAAGUCUAUGCCCUCCUGACGCUGAUGAACUUCAACUCCCACCAGACCCAGCAAACAGGGCCAGUGGGCAGGGCUGAUGGGAGUUGUAGUUCAGCAACACCUGGCGGCCCAGAAGUUAUCCCAUAGAGAGGGAGAAGAAAAAAGGAUGGAUGCAGAACUUAGUACAGGAAAGCAAGCUGUUUUGAUUGAGCAGCCAGCUGAAAGCAGCCGAGGAACCCGCGAUUUGGCAAUUUCAGAUCUUUUUUGCAGGGACAAACAGGCUCAGAAUCCAGAAACUGAAAUAUAGAAUGAACUGCAAAAUAAUAUUUCCAGUGGGGUUCUGGUGAUGGUGGUUUCCUAUGUGGUGAUGAGAAGGAUAACUAUAGUGUUGAGGGACCAGGAUGAAUCGGGGAAUUGCGGCAGAACUUCUUGGCAUGCAGAUGGUUCAGUCUCCCAGUAGGGUUGGCAAAGACCCCUGCCUGAUGCUCAGAAGAGUCACUGCCAGUCAGGGUAGACCAUACCAGUCAAAAUGGACCAACAGCUCUCUGUGUUUCUAUUGGGACCCUCCAGGGUUAUUGUGCAUUCACGAUUAGUUGUGCCCAUUAUGAUAUCGGGGCAGUUACACGUGACCCCGCCUUCAAUACUGUUUACUUCUGCAAAAGUUUUGGAGUGUUUAUACUGCAUACCCCACAAAUGUCCUGGGAAAACUGGGACAUCCCAUUUUUUCAUGCAAGUGCAUGAGGGCCAUUUUGGGCACCGAGAUCUUGCCGCAAGAAAAGUGCUUUUUCGGGGCCACAAAUCUUGCGCAGAGCCCCAAAAUGUGCAUUUUGGAGGGAAUGCAUAUUUUGGGCUCUGUGAUCUCGCACGAGUCACAUGAUUCAUGCACAGCCACGAAGAUGCGCAUCUCGGUUUGGGGAUUCAACAUGUUGGAGGGUAUGAUACUGCUUCAUUGAAUCCCCCUUUUUUAUGGCAUCAACUUUAUUAGGGUUUAUCAAGAAAUAUACAAAACGUAAUAUCAAAUAUCUUUUCCUCUCCUUUUUUGUCCAAACUAAGGCUGUGUUCUAAAUACCAUAAAAUAUAUAUGUAAAGAUACUGCUUCAUUUCCAACCAGUGCAUGCCCUGUAACUUCCUGCUGCAACCCUGCAACUUUUCAUACUGCAAAUGUUCUUGUUUGGGGUGGCUGUAGUUGUUGUUUUUGGCCCUUUUUUGUUGUGCUAUUGUCAGUGCUUUGUCUGGGGGGGACACGGGGAGGCAUACCCCUAAACAUUUGGUGAAUCUUUGUACUUUUGCCCAUUUACUGUAUUUAUUUUUCUCAAUUUGAACUAUAAAAUGGUGGUUUUCUUGCAUCAAAAUGAGAGUACCCCUAAACACCCUUUUAGAAAAAAAGCACUGUCUAUAGUGCAAGGUUGCCCUUCCAGAUGGCAAGAAUGCAAGAAUGUCAGGGAAGCAUCACGGAACAACUAAUAAAGGGAAAUGUUGUAUGAAUUUACCACUAAUGCACUAGUAUUGCAACCGCAAGGAUAUACGAUAUACGAUAUCUUUAUUGUCAUUGUCCCAUACAGAACAAUGAAAUUGAAAAUCUACGUAAAACCGUCAAAAACCCCUAAAAACUCUGAAACUCCAUUUUAAAAUACAAUAUACUAUAGAGACUCCUUAUACUGCGUUUAGAACCAGAAUUGCAUUUGCGUAGAAACUGUUUCUCAGGCGGCUAGUCCUGGUCUUUAUAACCCUAUACCUUCUUCCAGAAGGCAGAAGCUGAAAGAGAUCAUUUCCGGGGUGCGUACUAUCCUGCGCUAUCUCUGCAGCUUUCUUAUGGCACCUGGAAGCAUAGAUUUGAUCUAAGGUGGGAAAAGUGCACCCAAUUAUUCUCUCUGCAGUCUUUACAACCCUGGACAGCAUUGUUUUUCCCCUGGCCGUGCAGCUCCCAAACCACACACACAGACCAUAAGUUAAUACACUCUCCACAGUACAAUGGUAAAAUGCCAUCAACAGGUCCUUUGACAGAUUGCCAAAUACACCUGCAAAAAACAAACAAGAAAUCCACCAUUCUGAAGGCAUCACAUGGGCAGAGUGGUUUGGUUGUGGCACGCAAGACAAGGAGAGCUGUGCUGAGGACUUGCCACCCAAACAGACCCAGCUAAGUUUUCCUGAAUUUCCACCCCCAGGAUUGCGACAAGUGUGACAAGUGCCCCUGCAAAGAAGGAGACAGCAGCGAAUACUGCGCAAGCUGCCAGGUCGGUGCCGCAAACUUGCCCCUCCCUCCUCCCCACCCCUCCCUUUGCCCCAGACUUGCUGCUCUGGUUUCGUGAACCUUAACCACAGCAGUGCCCUGCCGGCGGUAACUCCUUUUAUCUCUCUCUGCAGUAUUGCCAUUUCUGUUACGUUUGCCCUGUGUGCGAGACGGCCUGUGCACCCGGUGAGUUGAUUUUCCCCUUUGCGGCUUUAGCGUUGGCAUAGGCAGGUGGGAUCUACCGGCAGACCUCUUGCGUGAUUUGUAGGAGACCCUGCAAGUUAGCAGUGAGGGAAAGCCUCUUUUCUAAGUUCGGCUGCUGAGGUGAAGAAAUAUGUGGGUGGGGAGGAAGCAGGAGUGGAUUUUUGUAUGGUAAGUCAGCGGCCAGUACACAAAACAAAGUCCUUGGCUAAGGACAGGGGUCAGCAAACUUUUUCAGCAGGGGGCCGGUCCACUGUCCCUCAGAACUUGUGGGGGGUCGGACUAUAUUUUGAAGGGGACGUUCAAAAAAUGAAUGAAUUCCUAUGUUUAGGGGUACACGUAUCCCUGCGUACCCCUGCGUACCACCACUGGAUUGUUAUAACAAAAUAAAGAAAUCCCUAUGGAAAGGUGUGUUUUAAAAUUUCCUGCCCUCUGGCGCCAUCUGGUGUUGCAUGUUUAUAGCACACCCAAAUCGCUGUUUCUUUACUAACGUCGAUGAUUCCUUUAACAUUUUUUUUAGUUUUAUAUACAAUACAGAGCAGGGGACAGCAAACUUUUUCAGUGUCCCUCACUGUCCCUCAGACCUUGUGGGGGGCCGGACUAUAUUUUUUUUUGGGGGGGGGCGGAAUGAACGAAUUCCUAUGCCCCACAAAUAGCCCAGAGAUGCAUUUUAAAUAAAAGGGUACAUUCUACUCAUGUAAAAACACACUGAUUCCCGGACCAUCCACAGGCCGGAUUUAGAAGGGGGUUGGGCCGGAUCCAGCCCCGGGCCUUAGUUUGCCUAUCCGUGGCUAAGGAUAUGCUCAGAGGCACCCUGUUCCUUAAUUUUAGGCUACAUGCACACCGUACAUUUAAAGUACACCCCCCAAGAGUAAUGGAAACGGUUGUUUGUGAAGGGUGCUGGAAACUGUAGCUCUGUAAACCUAGAAUUCUUUAAUUUAAAUGUGCUCUAAAUGUAUGGUGUGUACUGAGCCUAAGGGUAUGUUUGCACCUGGCUCCAGUUUGUGGGUUGUGGCUUUUUGAGUAAAAAUUGAAGUAGAUCCCGGAAGCCUGCUGUCUGACCACCCCUGGGUUAGCGGAUUGAGUGUCAGACUUGGACUCGGUGGUUGGGGGUGCGGGUGGCAGUGGCUAGGAAGGACCUGGGUUCAAAUCUCAGCUGAGCCAUCUAGCUCACUGUGUUGUCUUGGCCAAGCCACCACGUCACCACUUAUUCCACUCAGCCAUUUUCCACCCCCAGAAUGAUUGUGAGAAAAUAGGCUGAACGGUCUAUGUCCCUCCUUGAAGAAUGGCUGCCAAGAAAUAAGCAAUAAACACAGCAAUAAACAACUUCAUAAAGCUUUUUUAAUGGGGAGAUGUAAGCUCAAGAUGAGCAGAUGGUAAGUGCCCUAGGAACAGCAAAAUCCUGAUUUGUUCUGUUGUGUUUUGCAGGGAGCAUCGUGGAUGAAUUAUCUGGAGCCUUAUUUCAGUAAGUAACAGCCCUGGAUCCCAUUCGAAUCCUAACGAGAGGCAGCAGCUGAGCUCCAAAAUCUACUUCCUCCCCUUUCCUUGUGUUGCAGACUCUACCCCUGGAGAGAGGACAGCCAGGAUCCAGCAGAGAUCCUGCAGCUUUAACCUCCAGUCUUGUCUCGGCUUGCCACAUAAAGCUGGGGAAACUCUUUUCUUUCAGCCCUCAGUUUUCUUCGUCUGUGAAAUGGGAACAAUAUGAGGUCUCUCUGUCUCAAGGCAUUCAGAUCUAGGACAGGCAUCUGUUUGGAAAGGAGACUGCCUGCUCAUUCCAUGUAGGCAGCUGUGGCCCCUUGGAGAAAGUGCAGGAUAGAUGACUGUUGACCAGAAAUAAGCAAAAGGAUUGUAAUGAAAGACCCUAAUUUAAACCCUUUCUUCUCUUUUUCUUUCAGGACAUUUGCCACCAUCUUUGAGCAGCAGGAGCAUUGAAGCGCCCCCUGGUGGAGAAACCAAAGUUAGGAGGGGGAGGGGGAACCAGGUGACCCUUGAUUUAUUUAUUUUUUGAGCCAAACUUUGUGUGAUGGAAGAUUCCACGAUUCUUUCUUCCGGAGGUUGUUUCCCCGCCCAUCAUUGUCCUCUCAAAAACGUACCCCUGUUGUUUUUCUCCCAUGGGGUCCUAUUUAUCCCCCACAUCUGGAAAAUCUGCUGGGAGUUGGUUUUGAGAGGAUACCCGAUGGCAAGAAGGGAGAGGGUUAAGCAGCGGGACUUUACCCAACCCCCUACUUCCAACUUCUGCCUCCCCCAGGAUUUUUCAUUCUUAAAAAAGCAGCUGUUGGAAGACACACCAUUUCAGAACUGGCAGUCUUGUGUAGUCUGGCUUUUAUAAUUAGCCGGGAGGCCAUCCCAGGUAGGCUGUGGCCUGAUGAGCAAGAAGGGUGACCCGCAUUUACUGAGCAAAUCCACCCUGGGGCAAGGGAUUACUAACACCUCAGUGAUGUACGUUUCCCCAGCCUUUGAAUAAGUUUGAGCAAUAGCUCUCCUGAGCAAUAGGUUUCCUGUUCAUGCCUCAGCCCCUAGGCAGGGAAUCUGUGGUUAUCUGGAUGUUAUUGGACUCCAACUCCCAUGAUCCCUCAUAUUGGCUCUGCUGGCUUGGCGUUGAAGGCAACUGGAGUCCAGCAACAGUGGGGCAGCUGCAGCCUCAACUAAACAGGCAAUGGGGCAACUCACACCGUGCAAUUUUGAACCUUUGGGCUACUUGCUGCAGAACUGCACACCGACCAGCUUCCAGAUGUUUUCCUUUGAAAUGUCUCUUCGGAAAUGUUUGUGCCCGAAACCUUUUGAAAGCUUGAUCUGUGGAGAUGGUGUGGCAUUGCUUGUUCACAGAUGGCUGUUGCAUAUCCUGCAAUAUUUCUUUGAUGAAAACAGGGGUGUCCUAAAUAAUAAUAAUAAUAAUAAUAAUAAUAAUAAUAAUAAUAAUUUCAUUAUUUAUACCCUACCCAUCUGACUGGGUUGCCCCAGCCAUUCUGGGUGGCUUCCAACAUAUAUAAAAAGCAUAAGAAAACAUUUUAAAACUUCCCCAUACAGGGUUCAGAUAUCUUCUAAAGGUUGUAUAGUUACUUAUCUCCUCGGCUCAGGGAUCAUUUAACUCCAUACCCUCCAACAUUUCUCCGAUGAAAACAGGGAUGUCCUAAGGAAAAGCAGGGCAUUCCAGGAUCAACUCAGAAACUGGGACAGCUUCUGUAAACCCGGGACUGUCCCUGGAAAACAGGGGCACUUGGAGAGUCUGGUGUUGAUAACUUGAGUCAUCAAGGAAUAAACGCAACCGGGUGAACCAGCUUCUAAACGCCUUUACAACGGCCUCAUCACUCACUUCACUGCCAUUUUCUCCCCAAGGAAUUCUGGGCAUUGUGGUUUUUAUGUCAAAGAUGUCAAAGAGUCUGUCGAGCGUCGCAUUGUCUCCAUAGCAUUACCACAGUCCCUUUCUGAUAAACCACGGGUGGGAAACCUUUGGCCCCCUGUUAGGUAAAAGGUAAAGGGACCCCUGACCAUUAGGUCCAGUCAUGGCCAACUUUGGGGUUGCGGCGCUCAUCUCGCUUUAUUGGCCGAGGGAGCCGGCGUACAGUUUCCGGGUCAUGUGGCCAGCAUGACUAAGCUGCUUCUGGCGAACCAGAGCAGCGCACGGAAACACCGUUUACCUUCCCGCCGGAGCGGUACCUAUUUAUCUACUUGCACUUUGACGUGCUUUCGAACUGCUAGGUUGGCAGGAGCAGGGACUGAGCAAUGGGAGCUCACCCCGUCACGUGGAUUCGAACCGCUGACCUUUUGAUUGGCAAGUCCUAGGCUCUGUGGUUUAACCCACAGCGCCACCCGUGUCCCUUCCCCAGUGUUACUCAACUACAAUUCCCAUCAUCCUUGGCCAUUGGCCAUGCUUGCCAGGGCUGAUGGGAGAUGGAGUUCAGCCCCAUCUGGAGGGCCAAAGGUUCCCGAUUCAUGUGAUAAGCCAUCCUGUGGCUCAGGCUACACUGGUUUAAAAAACCCAAAAGCUGGUUUUUUAAAAUGAUGUUAAGGGCUCCUGUGUAUCAAAUAAGUUCUCUAAAGCAGGGAAUUUUUAACAGGCGUAUGAUAAAUUGCCCUUCACAGCAGAAAUGGCGAACCUGCUGCCUUUUGAAUGUUGUUGGAUUUUGGCUUCCAUCGGUCCCAGCCAGCAUAGCCAAUGAUCAAAGAGAAUGGGAGUUGUAGUCCCUCGAUAUCUGGAGUGCCGCAUCUUCCCAUCCCUGCUGUCUUGGCCAUCUGUCUUGAAUGCUUUAGUUGAGAUUCCAGCAUGACGAGGGGUUGGACUAGUUGACCCAUGGGGUCCCUUCAAAACUAUACAAUUCUCUGGUUCUAUUCUGUACUGGCCCCUUUUCUCCUUGCACGUCAAGCUGUGCCUGGCGAAUUCCCUUCACCCGCACAAACUGCUAGAGAUACAGAAACGUUCUCUGCUUUCGAAUCUGCAGUUUUGUACAGAUGCAGAACAUUUUGCCAAUCUUCUCCGAGGGCAGAAUAAGCCAACGUGAAGGCCUCCCCCCCAGCUCUCUCAUCUGACCAACAUGGCCAACAGUCAGGGAUUUGGGGGGUUGGGAGUCCAGCAACUUCUGGAUGGAGCUCUGCUGGCUUACACUAGGGCUGUGGUCUAAAUCACGGAGCCUCUUGGACUAGCCGAUCAGAAGGUCAGCGGUUCGAAUCCCUGCAACGGGGUGAGCUCCCGUUGCUCUGUCCCAGCUCCUGCCAACCUAGCGGUUUGAAAGCACACCAGCGCAAAUAGAUAAAUAGGUACCACUGCGGCAGGAAGCUAACCGGCGUUUCCGUGUGCUCUGGCUUCCGUCACAGUGUCCUGUUGCGCCAGAAGCCAUUUAGUCAUGCUGGCAACAUGAUCCGGAAAGCUGUCUCUGGACAAAUGCCGGCUCCCUUGGCCUGAAAGCGAGAUAAGCGCUGCAACCCCAUAAUCACCUUUGACUGGACUUAACCGUCCAGGGGUCCUUUACCUUUUUACCUUAUUAAACCAUUAUGGGAAAUCCCAACUGAAAUCUGGGUAGUUAUUGCUGUGCAAGAGGAGGAUGGAACGCAAAUAGAAUCUGCCAAGAGAUGCACAUUUGGCAGCUUCUUUUAGGAGUUCAGAAGCAAAAGGAUGCAGGGCACUUUCCAGACAACCUGUUUCUUGUGUUUAUACGCUCGGAUUUGUCUGUGGGAAGGUUAGGUGAUGUCAUCGCCUUGAAGCACUUUCAUUGUGGUUUCCCUUCAUCACAAAAGGCCGUUUUUUUGUGGGGAAGCAGGUUUGUUGCACAAUACCUUCCGAUCAGUAGAAAUUGUGCAACCCCUGAGUUUGCCAUUAUGUGCUUGAGUCCCACCUGGAACUUGUUAGUCUGGAAGUGCCCUAAAGGUACAAGCAGGAUACUACCUGGCAGCGUAACUUUUCCAAGAAGCAAACUCUGUGUACACGAAGCCUGAAGACAAAACUGCAUGUGGAAAAACACUGAUUUCGUAUUUUGGGACUAUCCUGCUUUGGCUCAGUCCAAAAUCCCAUCUCUCCUCCUCUCCUAUCACGGAUACUCCACCUCACCUGCCUUUUUUAUUCUUAAUUUAUAGCCAUUGCUUUGUCUUGUUUCCAUGGAAAAUAAAAACACGUCUUCUUUUUUUGCUUCCGA